UACGGAAGUACUUAAUAUUUUACUGCGGCUGUUCCGAACGCGUUGGAGAUGUUUCGAGCCGUUGUCACAAUUUUCUCAAAUAUUUUUCUUAAUGACUGUCUCCUGCUAGUACUUUAGGGGAUUCGCGAUGGCAGGCGCAUAUUUCCAGUUUUCCUGCAUAUGUUCAGGUUGACGUUUGACCUAUCAAGCUGAGCUGGAAGCAUUUUAACAAUGGAAACCUCAUUUAGUAACUUAGUGAAAGGAGGCUUUCAGCGGGCAAAGAAAUCUGCCCAGGAGUUAGAGUUUACUAGUGGGGUAGCGACGGUGAUCGCAAUUUCUGCGGUUUUGUUUAUAGUUUCAACUUUCUGUCAUAUUCCAGCCGACGUGGGCAGCCUGGACAGCAGCGCUGUUUUGAAAGGAAACGUUCAGCGGCUCUUCACCUACUCCUUCUUCCAUGAGGAGGCGUGGGGGCUGCUGCUUGGCGCCGGGGCCCUGUUGCUCCUAGGCGGCGGGUUGGAGAGAGGCCUGGGCACCGUGCGCUUCCUCUACCUGCUGCUCCUGCUGCCUGCGUGCGCCGGACUGCUGUACGCGCUGCUGGAGCCGCUGCUGUUCGGCGCGGCGGCGCGAGGACGCGUGCUGGGCCUGGUGCCUGCGGCCCUGUCCCUGCAGGGGGUGGCCGUCACGCGGAGCCUCAUGCGCAGGACCAUCCUCUUCGGCAUCAACGUGCCUGCCCUCGCCCUGCCCUGGCUACUCCUGCUAAUCGCGCACCUCAUUCCGGGUGACGUCCUCCUCUGUGACGCCUUGGCUGUAAUCGUGGGACAGAUCUAUGGAAAGGGCUGGCUUGCAUUGCUGACCCUGUCUGAAAGCAGGGCGUCUCUUCUGGAUAAGAAGAUGCCAUUCAGACUGCUGCGGAAGCUGCCGGGGGUAACAUUUAUGCCAGCGGCUGUGGAGGAGAGGAGGAGGACCACACACCGUCUUUGCAAGCCUGCUCCAGGGUCCUAUCCGGUUCAAGCUUACGCCCCAGUGUCAUCCCCCCUCCCCACACAAGCUGUGGGGACUCCCCCCCAAAUGUACGAAGGCUGGAAACACUCUACAUGCACCCAGGAAGGCUACACUCCAUUGACCUUACACCAGGGGCCCAGCGCUGGGUGGGGUCGUCAUCACAGCCAAUGGCAGACUAUCCCUGCACAGCACAGCAGUCAUCACAGCCAAUGGCAGACUAUCCCUGCACAGCACAGCAGUCAUCACAGCCAAUGGCAGACUAUCCCUGCACAGCACAGCAGUCAUCACUGGACACAAGGCAGCACUUGUGCACAUUCUCAUGUCAGCUCUCCUGCAGCCUUUGCUCCUCAGUCAGUGUGCUGUGCUGAUCCCCCCACUGUCCCCCCCGGGGGACCGUCCAACAUCCCCGGGACACCCCAGGUUAGCCUGCUUACCCAUGGAGUCCAUGCACUGCCCCUUUAAAGAAGUACUGAUGUGUUGAGACCAUGGAAUGUUUUUUUUUUAAUGGAUAUGUUGAGUAGGAGUACAGUUUUAGUACGGAGGCUGUUUUCAAUCUGGCAACUUUAGAUGUGCUUUAUUUACUCAAGCAGAUUCGAAUCGUUCGAUUGUAUACUCAUCAAAAAAAAGAUUAAAACCUUUGAUUGUUACUGAGGCUGUACGCUUAACUGUAGAACAUUUCUGUUUGUACAUUUGGGAUGUUCUUCAGAGUCCAUUUCUGUAGCUUAAAAGGUACAACUGCAAGGGUAAAGCCCCAGUGACAAGCAAAGAUGUAAAUUUUUACCCUUUUUUCAGAGAGUGUACAUUAUUGAAAAUAUAUUCUCCUCCUAUAUUUAGCUUUAAUUGAUUGAUGGUAACUACAGGUAAAAUGUAAAUAUUUAAAUUUUGGCCAUGAAUCUAAUCCUGGCCUUAAUGGGUUCCUUUAGCACCCUUAAUUAAACAUGUUUGUAGUUUUGUUUAGUUGAAACUUGUAAAUGGAGUCGUUACAUUUAAUCUCUGCUGUUACCAUGGUAACGUCUCAUUGAUUUCGACCAGGAUCUGUGUUCUAGGCCCCGGGAGGCAGAGCUGACUUGUGGAGUCAAUGCCGCCGCCUUGUGUUAACAGGCUCUCAAGUGGUUAGAUCCCACUUAAUUUAAAUGGUCCCUCACAAGCAAAGGCUGUUAGAGGUAAUUGUCUUGCGUGGUUUUGCUUCAGUCUGCUGGAAGACGGCUAAUCACAACUGUGCAUCAAGCAGAAAGUCCUGUGUCUUAGUGGCAAAACAUUUCUAAUCAUGAUUUCCUUCCCAAUUAAGCGUAAUGCAUUUUAUUUGUAAUUUGGCAUCCCUAGACCUCCAAAAGAGUUUAUUUUAUGUUUUGGGGAGUAAUUCUGGAAGGACAGUUUCUGUGUGGAAGGGGCCUUAGAGUGAACUUGCAAGUGCAAGAGAUCACCACUGCGAAGGGGUUAAUCCAUAGGGCAUCAAAAAGCCUGUGCAUCUCCCUGACCUCUCCAUCUCCACUACUGUUCCUUGUCUGAAUGUAUUAUAAUGUAUCAUGACCAUUAUAAUGUUUUUUACAUUGUAGAAUCGCACUUCGGAACUGAAGUAUCAUUCAUGAUCUGGUUUAUUCUUACAUGUAUGUCCUCAGAGGCUCUCAGUCAGUCCACAUCUUUGCUCCUUCCCUGAUCCCAACACACCUUGGUGUUCCUGAUUGUUUGAUUAAGGCGUGCAGGGAGGGAAUAAAAACGUGAACCGUGAAA